UUUUUGUCCGAAUCGAAGACGGGGUCUCAAAAUACUACGCCCGCCAUAAAAGCAAGUAUAAUCAAGUUCGACGGAACAAUAUUCGAAGCGAAAUUCGACCAACACGCUGGAGGUGUUGCGAGAAAUAUCGCCGAAGCUAUGAGCAAGUUGGGUUGUUCGCCAACCUUUAUAUCCGUCGUGGGAAAUGACAGUUAUGGCAAAAAUUUACGUUCAAUGUUAUCACCGACGUGCUCAAAGAAUAUUCACACGCUUCCUGAGCAUAAUACGGCCCAGUGCCAUGUAGUUUUCGAUAGAGGUGGUGACUGCAAGCUGUUGAUUGGUGACGUGGACAUAUUUCAAGAAAUAACCAGCGAAAUGAUUUUCAAACACGAAGAAGACAUAAAAAAGAGUCCUUUGCUUAUUUUGGAUGGAAACCUGACUUUAGGUGCAAUGGAUACAGCUUUAGAAACUGCUAGCAAGCAUAAUGUGCCAGUUUUCUUCGAACCAACCGAUGCACCUGUUUCGAUAAAACCAUUUCAGACAAAUUCUUGGAAUGCCAUCAAGUACAUUAGUCCAAACUUACUGGAAUUAAAAUCUAUUGCAAAAGCACUGAAUAUUCCACUAGAAAACUCCUUUAGUACCCCAAUCGAAGAAGUUGUAUACAUUGGCCAGCAAUUAAUUUCGUACAUUCCCACCAUUAUUGUGACAUUAGGACUUGAAGGACUGGUAAUAAUUAGAAGAGCUUCCUCGUCCGAUGCGUUAUACCUUCCUUCUCCGGAGACAAGUGCACAAGUACAAAUACGGCACUAUCCGACCGAUAGGGUAACGGAUUUGGUGAACGUUAGCGGUGCCGGAGACUGUUUGGCUGGUGGACUGAUUGUCGGAAUGCUGUCUGGUUUAAGUGAAGAGAUGUGCGUCAACGUGGCAUUUACGGCAGCUCAUAGUGCCUUAUUUUCCGAGAGCGCCGUUCCAAGCACUUUAUUUUCAAAAUCGCACCGUUGCUGGGGAACUCCUGCUAAACAUCAUUUACUGUGUUAACUUUAUAAUCACUUGAAAUUCACAUCACUUAUUUCGAUUUG